AUGUAUGAAGAUCAAACACCAAACUGGGUGCAAGUUAAAAGCAAGGUAUUGAGUUUUACUAAGGAAUGCAGUCUCAGGAUGAGGGGAAAGAUGUGGGGAGAUUUGUAUGAUUUCCAAGUAUUAUCUUCCUUUUGUAUAAAGUGUAUUCCAGUGCUUAAUAAGAUGGUGAAGGAAUGCUUUUUCAAGUUUUCAGGGAUUAAUCAAAUAUUAAUAUGUUGUGAUGGUGCUGCUAACGGAAAUCCUGGUCAAGCUGGAGUUGGUUUUAUUGGCAGAGAUUAUGAAGGAAGAUAUGUAGGAGCUACGUCAGGUGGAUUGGGGAUUUCCACAAACUAUGUUGCUGAGGUAAUGACUUUAAUUAUUGCUGGUGAAUGGGCAGUGAGGAGUGGCUUUAUGGAUGUCUGUUUGAGUCUUGACUCAAAGGCAAUGAUAAUGGCCUUACUGCAAAUAAGAUACUUUGGAUUGUGA